GUCAUCUCUGCGCGCCUUCUGGCGGUGCGCCCACUUGGAGGCGCCGUGUGAUGACGUCACGGUCACUGACAGCGUGAGGCCGCGGCGCGGGCUGCUACUAUGGUGGCUGGCGGCGGGGUAAAGGUCUGAGUUGAUCUCCUGCUGAGCCCAGAGCGGCUCCCAGCGGUGCGAGGGGAGGCCCGGAAUUUGUAGCCAGGGUGGCGAGCGUGGCGUCUGCACUGCGGCGAGGCCGAGGUGCGGCAUGUCUAGACUGGGGGCUCUGGGCGGCUCCCGCGCCGGGCUGGGACUGUUGCUGGGCACCGCCGCCGGCCUUGGAGUCCUGUGCGUCCUUUACAGCCAGCGAUGGAGACGGACUCAGCGCCGUGGCCGGAACCAGAGCCUGCCCAACUCCCUGGACUACGCGGAGACAUCAGAGCCCGCGCGCCAGGUGAUGCAGUUUCGGGCUGUCCCAGGUGAGGCUGGAGAUGCUGCAGUGCUGCCAAGCCUUCCACAGGAAGGGCAGGAGAAGGUGCUGGACCGCCUGGACUUUGUGCUGACCAGUCUUGUGGCACUGAGGCGGGAGGUGGAGGAACUUAGGAUCAGCCUGCAGGGGCUUGCUGGGGAGAUCAUUGGGGAGGUCCGAUCCCACAUAGAAGAGAACCAGAGAGUGGCUCGGCGGCGCAGGUUCCCGUUUGCCCGGGAGAGGAGUGACUCCACUGGCUCCAGCUCUGUCUACUUCACUGCCUCCUCUGGAGCUGUGCUCACCGAUGCUGAGAGCGAAGGGGGUUAUACAACAGCCAAUGCUGAGUCUGACUACGAGCGGGACUCUGACAAGGACAGUGAGGACGGGGAAGACGAAGUGAGCUGUGAGACUGUAAAGAUGGGGAGAAAAGAUUCUCUGGACCUGGAGAUGGAGGCAGUGUCAGGUGCCCUGGAGGCUAAUGGUUCCUCACGCCCUGAGGAUGUGCUGCCCCUCCUGCAGCAGGCUGACGAGCUGCACCACGGCAGUAAGCAGGACAGGCAGGAGGGCUUUCAGCUGCUGCUCAACAACAAGCUGGCGUAUGGAAGCAGACAAGACUUUCUCUGGCGUCUGGCCCGGGCCUACAGUGACAUGUGUGAGCUCACUGAGGAGGUGAGCGACAAGAAGUCAUAUGCCCUAAGUGGGAAAGAAGAAGCAGAGGCUGCUCUGGAGAAGGGGGAUGAGAGUGCUGAAAGUCACCAGUGGUAUGCAGUGCUUUGUGGUCAGCUGGCUGAGCAUGAGGGCAUCCAGAGACGCAUCCAGAGUGGCUUUAGCUUUAAGGAACAUGUGGACAAAACCAUUGCCCUCCAGCCAGAAAACCCCAGAGCUCACUUUCUUCUUGGCAGGUGGUGCUACCAGGUCUCUCACUUGAGCUGGCUAGAAAAGAAAACUGCAACAGCCUUGUUUGAAAGCCCUCCUAGUGCGACUGUACAGGAUGCCCUGCAGAGUUUCUUAAAGGCUGAAGAACUACAGCCAGGAUUUUCCAAAGCAGGAAGAAUAUACAUUUCCAAGUGCUAUAGAGAAUUAGGGAAAAACUCUGAAGCCAGAAGGUGGAUGAAGUUGGCCUUAGAGCUGCCAGAUGUCACUAAUGAGGAUUCAGCUUUCCAGAAGGAUCUGGAAGAACUACAAGUAAUUCUGGGAGAAUGAUCACACUUCAAUGGCUUUGGUGACUUCCUUAGAUCCUAUUCAGACCAGAAAACCAAACAAGACUGGUUUAGGAAGUGUCCUGACCCUGUGGGCUGGGUGCUACCCACUUGCUCCCCAGUUAAUUUAUUCUAAUCUCUUAACUAAUCUAAACUUGGGGAAGUAUUGCAGCUUGGGUUUUAUAUUGUAAGUGAAUUCUUGAAAAAUCAAGACUUAAUGUAGCAUUUACCCUAGGGUUAAGUGUGGGUGCUGUCCAGAAGGCUGCUAGAGCUAAGUCUGCUGGUGCAAUAGAUGAAGGUCAGAGUGAGACAGGAACAAGUACAGAACUUGUCACUAAUCUUUUUCACCGAUUAAUGUUCAACAUCUACAGCCCUAAAAAUCACAGCUUCCCCAUCAUGUAUAUUCUACCUGUAUUCCUGGGUGGAGGGGCUAGACCACUUGACUUCCAGAGUUCUGGCAGUUUGGAAUGACAGCAAAGGGUUUAUGAUAAUGGGAAAUGAUCUGAAGAGGUGCCUGGAAUAUAUUUUGGUACACACUUGAAAUAAACCAAAGUUGAUUACAAGUGAUCAUAUCCUUCCUUUCAGUUAUUAUUUAUUCUUGUCUG